AUGUUGUGCACAACUGUGUGGGCGAGUCAUGAGGUAAACCAACUGGACUAUUCUGGACGUUAUAUGGUCUACGAUCAGAUCCCCGGAAUCACAGUCUGUCCUCAAGCAGCUGAGGCAAAAAAAAUAUUCAGUCGUUUCGUGGCUAUGCCCGGUACCGAUAUGCGCCUCCCUUGGCAAGACAAGAUCUUGAUUGAACAGUUUCGUCAACGGGUUCUAAACUCGUCUCCAAACUUGUCUUUCGAUGUGAUUACACACAGACUUCCGGUUGGUGAACUCGUGUGGAAUACAUCGACGACUGCAAUCUCUCCAAUCUACCAACUUUUACACAAUUUCACCGUCCGGUUCAAUGUGCAACCGCCCAAAUCCGCCAGGAGUUAUCGACUCACGGUGAUGGAACAGGUCCCGAACGCCCGGUCGUUUCUAUGCACAACGUUUGAGCUUCGUUCUCCAUCACCCAGAGAUCGAUGGUCAUAUUUGGAGGUAGAGAUCGAUCAAUCCACGUCCAUCGCCGAUCCAAUCUCGUUCACAAUCAUUACACAUGAGCGUGGAGAACUACCUUUCAGUGCGUAUGAUCGUCAUAUACAUACCAUUAUCAAUCCAAAAAGCAUAAUUUCUUUGUACUUUUCCAAGUCUGUCACAUCAAGACUCCAAACAGCUCGAAAUCCAUGCCACAAAGGUCCCGAUGCGAAAUCCAUGGCCGCGGAAUACGCCAAGUCUUCCGAGGAUCCGAUCAGUUCGACUGAGGAUCCAGUGGAUGGUGUGAUCGGCUUUCCUGACAAAGACUGGGAAAACGAUGAAAGACAAGUCCACUGGUAUGAGGACUUUUUGGACAAGCUUCGGCUGAAUUUGACGCAAACAAACUCACUCAGUUCGAGGGGAGCGCAGUCAAAUCCCCGAAAUCCGUCCGAAGCCGACCGAGCUUCACUGUUUGAAGAGAAGAGCAAAGCUGUACUCCUGUUCGGAACUGCAUUCCUCUAUGGUCGAGAAUCAUGUGGCUGGGCAGAAUGUUGGCGUCAGGUGCUCCAUGAAUGUGGGUGCAACUGCACGCUACAUGUGCUCGGUUAUAACGAAGCAGCCUGUCGAGGAGGACCGGCAUGUGAGAAGAAACAUUGUGUCGAUCAGCAGAUUUCGUACAAAGUUUGUCCGUUGCCAUGUGUAAUGACCAAGUUUAUCAAGCAUAAUGAGGUUACAGUCUCCGGAGCAGAGGCCAACAUCUCGGUCGGCGUCUGUAAACUGAAGCUGAUUCGCAGUGAAUCGGUCCACGUGGCCACAGAAGAGGAAAUAUUCUCACUUGCCAAACUGUUCUCGGAAGUUGGCGGACUCUGUUCGCUGUUCAUUGGAUUCAGCUGUAUCUUUCUUUUCGAACUUCUUGAGGCUGUCAUACUGAUGCACAGUACACCCAAUGAUGCGAGACAUGGGUCGCGGUUGAAGUCUAAUGAGAGCCAAACUCACAGAGAUGAACAACGUUCUGGCAGGCAUACGCUUCCAAACCAGUGUUGUUGUCCAGCAGUAAAUCAACCGAGUUUAAUAGCAGGUGAACCUGAAGAAACCAACGGAAUGCUUGAAAACACAUCUUUUGUUUGUAAUAACAGGUUUGCUGUGACCGGUAACAACGGGUCCCCAGAAGAAAGGCUUUAUGCGUCAGAGAGUCAAAACUUUUUAGAUGUGUCUGAAACUACUGAUAGAAGAUGUUACCUGGAAGAUUCAUUUCCAUCAAAUAAAGAGAUUACGAUGAAUCAAUCGAUGGAGAAUAUGCCCGCCGUUGGUCUGUUGGAACACAAAGCUGUUUGGAAGGAUGAUGUACUCAUCUUACCAGUGUGGCCGGCUAUGCUAUUGAUUCAGGAUUCUUCUCCAUUUUCUGCUGAAGUCGGACAACCGGACUCACCUGAAGGCAAGCUGGCUCGAUCAAAACGUUUUCAAGAAUUGCGUGAGUGA